CAUUUGGGAAAACGAGGAGGUCCAGGAUAAACUGAGUAAAAUGAAGCCGGAGAUGCAGAUCGUGUUUCUGCGAGCGAUGAGGCGUAUCUACGCCAAAGAGAGCAGCAGCGUGCUAACGCAAAUAGGGCACUCGAAGAAAACGGUGAAGAUGAUGAAUGAAGACUAUGAAGAAUUGAAGGAGAAACAAGCCAUGUUGAAGGGAGUCUUAGAGGAGCGCCGAAAACCGGAUUUACAGGACAUCCUGUCGGACAACACGAAAGCGAACGCUGAGACGACAGGAGACGAGGUGCAGGUUCUCGUGAUGGAGGACGUGUCUGAAGAUAAAGAGGAAAAGAAAGAAGAAAAGGAACAGGCGCCGCCACCAAAGGUUAAAAAGAUCAAGAAGGUCCUGUGGGUGAAGACCAAGACAGUCCCAGUAGACGCCCAGGUCAUCUCGUCCAUGAGCGCUCUCGUCACAGCGGCAAAUGCAUUUAAGAAGAAAAAGAAAGACAAAAAACCUACAGACCAAGAUACGCCACCUGACCCCACAACGAACGCGGCUGUAUCUUCAGCAACGGAGCAGACAACUCAACCAGCGAUUGCUGUUGCGCCGGUAAAACAUAACGAAAUGAAGACAACGCCAAACAUCAAACCGAUCACGACCAACUCAAACAAUACUGUUUUGCCAACUAAAAACAUUUCAAACGCCCAAAAAACUGUCGAGCCAGAUGCCAAAUUAGGCGCCCCUGUUUUUAGUGACAUUACACCUGUUGAAAUUUCAAAAGAAACAAUGACAAAUAAUUUGCAACAAGGUGCAGUCACAGAGAUAGCUUCUUCAGAGGUGGAUACUGCCACGAGGAACGAUAUUGACGUCACAACACCUACUGACGUCACGAUUGCGGCCACAUCUGAAACAGAGCACAAUAGUGACGGUCAAAUCGAUCCCAGUGGUCCAGAAGCAGGAGGGAGCGAUUCUACCACGGUGACCAACACAAUUCAAAGUAAAGGAGAACCUCAGUUGAAUCCAUACCAACCGCUACCAGGAAUUGGCGGGAAAAACCCGUACCCAGACGACACAACUACUCCGCAAGAUGGCGCUGAGUUACCCGGUGAAGCUGCAUCUGACGACAAGAAAAAGAAAGUGAUCAAGAAGAAAAAGAAAGUCGGUGAGGCUGGUGAAAACGAAGGAGCCGACGGAGAUGCCGAUGAAGGGGCAGAUAAGAAAAAGAAGAAAGUAAAGAAAAAGAAGAAACUGGUAGCUGCUGCCAAUGCUGUCAUAGCAACGGGAAUAGCAUCGGGUGCCGAACCAGUGCAACCAACAGAGCCUCUUUCCAAUGGCGAGGAUGCACCAAACACAAACUCUGAACAAGAACAACAAGGGGAAAAUAAAAACAAAGGAGAGUCCUUUUUGCCAACUAUUGGGACUCCAAAGACUGCAAACAAACAUAGACCACAGUCGUCAGUUGUUCCCCUUCCGCAGAUUGACGCCACAGCGACAGACGCGGGAGGCGAUGAAAAGGACAUAACAGCGGUAGCAGAAAUCACAGUCUUAUCAGCAGAGGCUAACACUGCCCCGGUUCUCGCCGUGUCCCACGACACCAUGGCUCCCACGGGGGCGCAGCAAGUGGUGUGAUGUGAUCACAAGACAUUUUUGAAUGGAACAAAGAGGCUGAAAUUUUGGAAAAAAAGGAAUAACAACUUCUGUCUUGGUUAUGAUUCAUUAGAAGUCCGCUCAGAUGAAGCGACUAUGCUAUUUCCCAGAAAGAGAAAUAGAAAAUACCUGGAACUCUAGGGGAGGUUUCGUUUUAGUAGUAAACGUUUUUUAGCGAAACGGGCCGUUUACAGGUACGGGAUUAAAGAUACAGAUAUUGUAUAUCGAUCUUUCUCGAAGAACUGACAAAAGACGCAUUUUUAAACAACCUUUCUUAAGACGUAUGAUUACAUAGAUAGUGUUCAGAAAGGAGAAAUAAAGUAAAAACGCCGCUUUAUAAUGAUAAUUCUUUAUAUGGACAGAGCGUGGAUGUAUUUAUUUGCAUAUUAACUUAGCUCAUGGAGAAACCUACACAGAGUUACAUUUUUUUACUGUAUAUAAAAGCAUGUAGCCUCUCUUCUAGGAGGACUGUACUUUAAAUAUGAUAAUGAAGCAAAUUUUCUGAAUUUAUUAUCCCUAUUAACAAUAUGGUUGUUGAAUUGCUUGUUAUCUAUAUAUUCCUGAUAAUCAUAAUAAAAAAGAAAAUUGAAAGUGUUUUAGUCGA